AUGACAGCGGGGCGAGCGGCUUCGUGUGGUCGAGCGCAUAAAUCCGAUCGACAGCUUGUCCUGGACCAAGACGUCGAUGCGACCGACACAUAUGGCUACACAAUGCUGAUGUUCGCCGCCCGAGAUGGCGACGUCAAGAAGGUGCGCUUCCUGCUGGAGAAUAACGCGUCGACUGACAUUCGCAACGGCUACGGGGCCACUGCGCUCCAUUUUGCCGCGUCGUGGGGGCAGCGCAUGAUCGCUCGUUUGCUCCUGGAGCGCGGAGCGUAUGUGAAUGCUUUAGACAACUCUGGUAAGACGCCACUAAUGCGAGCAGCCGCCAAUGGAGACACCAAGCUCGUGCGCGUGCUCCUCGAGCACGGCGCCGAAACCUCGAUCCGUGACGCCUUCGGAUGGAACGCUGAACGUCUCGCUGCGAGUGCAGGACACUACAAAGUCUUUGUAACACUUCAAAAACACGAGCAUCGAAGAUCAACUUCGUCCCACGGGGCUUUGCGUUGGUCUCAGCGGUCCAGCGGCGUGUUUUCAGCCCUCAAUCUGAGACUUUCAACCACUAUGAAAGACGCCAAGCCCAGAUCUGAAGUCGGCACUCCAUUCCCGGCAUCAAUUGAUCAACUGAGCAACCUGCCCGGAUCAAAUGGACUGCUACCGCUUCGAACAGAUCCGUGUCACUUACAGUUAUGA